AUGAAUGAGAACAAUAUAUCAGAGUUACUGGAUGAUAUGUCUGAUUGGUCCGACGAGGAUGACACGGAUGCUGAUACAGAUUUUCAAUUAGAGAAUGAUUCAAGUGAUGAUUCAAAUUAUCGAUAUGACUUAUUCGCACUUGGUAAUGAAAAUUAUGUAAAUGAUGUUGAUAUUGAGAUUCCACCUACGCCUGAUACUGUUCCUUCACAACACAAUCAAUGUCACCGAGAUGCAUCAGAACCCUAUUGGAAUGAUGUUGAUGAUGGGUUUCAAUCUAACAUAGUGUUCAACCCAAAUAAUGAGCCAGUGGGCAUCAAUCCUGAUAUCAUUGAAACACUAAUCGAAGGUAGUCCUUAUGAUUUUUAUUCAUUAUUUUUGGAUGAUGAUGUGAUGCAUUUAUUGGUUGAAGAAACUAACAGAUAUGCAAAGUCUUUAUUGUCAACUAGAAUAAGUCCACACUCACGGUUACAUACAUGGGUAGAUGUUACUUCUGUUGAAAUGAAAACGUUUUUAGGAAUUAUGAUGUGGAUGGGUUUGUGUCCCCAACCAUCAAUUGCUUCAUAUUGGAAAAAAAGUAAAAUUUAUGCAUCUAAUAUACCAAAAUAUAUGACUAGAAAAAGAUUUGAACUUCUUUUGCGCUCAUUUCAUUGUUGUAACAAUGAAAACUGUCCUCCUGGUGACCGUUUAUUUAUAGUAAGUGGCCUACUUGACUUACUUUUAUCAAAAUAUAAAAUGGCACGUACACCAAAAGAGUCUAUGUGCAUUGACGAAUCCAUUGUUCCUUUUGUGAGUCGCCUUUCAUUUAGACAAUAUAUACAAAAUAAAAGAGACAGAUAUGGCAUAAAGAUAUUCAAAUCAUGCAUUGACAAUUUCUAUACUGUUGGAUUCAAAAUUUAUGCUGGUAAGGAAUCUGUUGUUGACCAGAGAGUAUCAACAAAAAUUGUAACUGAAAUGGCAGAUGAAUACCAGGAUAUGGGUAGAACAAUGUUCACCGACAAUUGGUAUAGCAGCUAUGACUUAGAAAGUGAACUUUUAAAAAGAUCUACUCAUCUGGUUGGAACUCUACGCUCAAACAGAAAAAACAACCCCAUAGAAGUUAUUAAAAAAACAUUAAAAAGAGGAGAAGUUAUAGUUUAA